AACAUUAAUAUAUAAUUCGAUCUUUAAGGGAAAAAAUCUUAACCUUUUUUCAAGCACAUAUAUUGUAAUUGGAAAUGCAACCCUGCUUCCUGGUUUGAAGUGUAUUUUAAUUCACCUCAGUAGUUUAUCCACGAAUGGGAUAUUUUUGUAUUUUCUUUCUGUGUCAUAUUCGUAAAUAAAGUCAACAUGGAGGAUGCUUUAACACGACAAGCAAUUCAAGAAAUUAUAAGUGAGACUUAUGAAGAGAGCACACAAUCAUGUACUAAACAAAGACCUUCAGUUAAACCGAACAAGGAAUUUCUUGGCAGAACGAUUUCAUCCAUUGUAAGCCACAAUAAGAGAGAAAGUGCUAUGCAGCAAAGGAGGUGCCGUGACAAAUUGAGGGAACUAGAUCGAAAAAGUAACGUUGAAUUCAAGCGAAAUGAAUAUAAACGUAAAUACUAUAGGAACAGAUAUGAACAGGAAAGCAGUAGCUCCUCCGAAUCUGAGUAUGAGCGUCACAAACGAAAGAAGAGAAGAAAGAAAAGUAAAAAGAAAAGUAAGGUACAUAAGCACAAAUCGAGUAGGCAAUUAUAUAAACUUGAUACAGAAGAAUGUGGCUUAGCAGAAAACAAUUAUCGAAAUGCAUUUGAUGCAGAAGUAUGUGAUAUAUCAGAACAACAGUUUUCUUUAAAUUCGUUUGCUCUUGAACAGAUGAAACAACAUUACAUAUAUCAGCACUUAUUAGGUAGUGAAAAUAGCAGACUGGUGCAAGAUGCUGAGUGGAAGGAUGCAGAUUUGAUUAGUGUUGCAGACACUAGCUCCAGUUCUCCAGUUUUAUCAGUAUCUUCGUUAAACUCCGAGAUUAGUGUAAAACAAAAUGUUCCUACCAUUAACUUGCUGACGGAUAAUGAAUCAGAGGAAAGUGCUAGUGACGUCAGAAAUAUCAAUAAUGUUAAUGAUGCUACAAGUCCACCUAUUAAUUUAAGUUCCGAUGAAUUCGAUUUAAGCGAUAGUUCAGUCUUAUAUGUGUCAAGUGAGCAUAGUCCUCUGAAUAUCAUUUCAUUAGAGACUGAUUCAAACUCGAAUUGUGGCAGUCAAAAAUAAAAAUCGCAUAUGAUAUAUCACCCUGUGUUUAUUUAUCCGGCAAUAUGAAGCCUACGGAUAAUUAGUAAAACAGCUGUUUUCA